AUGCAUAAUUCAUCAUUAAUGACAUGGUUUCAGGGAGAGAAAGACUGGCAGAAAUAUGAAGUUGCACGACGUCUAAAAGAUGUAGUAGCUCGUAUUCGUUCCCAGUACCGAGCAGACUGGAAAAAUAGAGAAAUGAAGACAAGACAGAGAGCAGUGGCACUUUAUUUCAUUGAUAAGCUGGCUUUGAGAGCAGGUAAUGAAAAAGAAGAAGGUGAGACUGCUGAUACAGUGGGCUGUUGCUCCUUGCGAGUUGAGCACAUCACUCUGCAUCGGGAAUUGGAUGGGCAGGAGUAUGUGGUGGAAUUUGAUUUCCUGGGAAAAGAUUCUAUCAGGUACUAUAACAAAGUACCAGUAGAGAAACCGGUGUUCAAGAAUGUGCAGCUGUUCAUGAAAAAUAAAGAACCGUCAGAUGAUCUCUUUGACAGAUUAAAUACAAAUAUCCUGAACAAGCAUCUUCAGGACCUGAUGGAUGGUCUGUCGGCUAAGGUUUUCAGAACGUACAAUGCUUCUAUUACUCUGCAGCAGCAGCUGAAGGAGCUCACAGAUGGUGAAGAUAAUGUAGCGGCAAAAAUCUUGUCAUAUAACCGAGCAAAUAGAGCUGUUGCCAUUCUGUGCAACCACCAAAGGGCACUUCCCAAAACAUUUGAAAAAUCUAUGCAGGCUCUUCAAACAAAGAUUGAUGCGAAAAAGGAACAGGUGACUGAAGCUAAGAUGGAAGUGAAAAGAGCUAAAGCAGACCACAAAGCCAUGAAGAAUGAAAAAUCCAAACAGACUGUAGAGAAGAAGAAAAAACUAUUGGAAAGAAUGGAAGAACAGUUGAAGAAACUUGAGCUCCAAGCUACAGACAAGGAAGAAAACAAGCAGAUUGCAUUGGGCACGUCCAAGCUCAACUAUCUUGACCCCAGGAUCACUGUAGCCUGGUGCAAGAAGUUUGGCGUCCCAAUUGAAAAGAUUUAUAAUAAGACACAGAGAGACAAGUUUGCCUGGGCUAUUGAUAUGACUGAUGAGAAUUUCGAGUUUUAAAAAGCUCUGUAAAAUACAAUUGGAAGUUGUAUUAAAAAAAAAAAAAAAAAAGAUACCAGCCUGUAACUGAAACUGGUACCCUGGUGGCUCUUGCCCUUUGUUACUUCAUUGUUGAGCACUUUUCAAUUUUUUCGAAAUUCUUUGAACAUUUUUCUCACCCAGUGUGCAUAUAUUCUCUCACAUUUUGUUAUGAAAAUACAAUUAGUAAUUACUACUAAUUUAUUAAUUUAUGUUGAUUUGUAUAUUUUGCAGACAUUUACAAUAUAAAGACUACCAAGCAUGUGACACAGUGUUCAAGUUGUUCAUAGGUUGGUACUAGGCUAUCGGCCCUAGGACCUAUACAAACCUAGCCAUAACAAUUCCCUGGAUAUUUCUUCCCACAAUAUUUACUUCCCUGUAAUUUUUGUGUUGUAAUUUUUUUGUAACCUACUGGUUACCUGUUUCAGGUAAUGACAUCUAAUUUUAUUAGAUGAUUUUUCUACUUCACAUUAGGGCUUGAGAUUGUUAGUCUUUUUGCUUGUGACCACAUUUAAUUGAUAGUUUGGAAUUCUGAAGUAUGUCGUACCAUGUAAUAUUGCUGUCUGACAGCACACAGUUGUAUGUAAUGUUACAUGGCACUUAACAUUUAAUGUCGCAUUGCACUUGCACCAGUUGAAGACGCGUUUUGCAUCUUUAUCCAUUUUAAAGAAGUAUGGGCAGAAACUGAGCCAAGCAUUUGUGCAGGUUGGAACACCUUUUUUUUCCUGCUGUUGUUAUGAACAGUAAUAUUUUUUCUUUGUCUUUCUCAUAAAAAAUGUAAACAUGAAUAAAUUCCGUGCUGCAGGCACAUUUUUUUAAGACUGAA